AUGGAAAGAAUGUUGAACAUUGAAGUUCAACAAGUCAAUCAUAACGUGUCAUCAUCCCAACAAAAACCAUUGACGUCAUCAUAUGGUGACAAUAAUAAAGAUGGUGAACAAUCUGCAGCGGUAGCUAUCCAGAAUGUGGAAGAAGCUCCUCCUACUUCCGGUGAUAACGCCACCCAAGUCCAAGGCCAAAAUCAUAACGUGUCAUCAUCCCAGCCAAAACCAUUGACCUCAUCAAAUGGUGACAAUAAUAAAGAUGGUGAACAAUCUGCAGCGGUAGCUAUCCAGAAUGUGGAAGAAGCUCCUCCUACUUCCGGUGAUAACGCUACCCAAGUCCAAGGCCCAAAUCAUAACGUGUCAUCAUCCCAGCAAAAACCAUUGACCUCAACAUAUGGUGACAAUAAUAAAGAUGGUGAACAAUCUGCAGCGGUAGCUAUCCAGAAUGUGGAAGAAGCUCCUCCUACUUCCGGUGAUAACGCCACCCAAGUCCAAGGCCCAAAUCAACGGCUCAAAAUAAAUCAUCAUACCCGCCAUACACAACACCAGAUAGAAGUGAUGGAAAACUUCUUCAAGGAGUACCAUCACCCAAAUGAAGAGCAGAGAAGAGAGCUUGGCAAUUCGCUCGGGUUAAAUUCCACACAAGUAAAAUUUUGGUUCCAAAAUAAGCGCAGCCAGAUGAAGGUAAAGUAA